UAGGUGACAAACGUCAAAAUAAUCAUCAAUGAACAUUGCCAACAGGUGACGGUUGUUCUUUUAUUUGUAUUUUUAUAAGAUUCAUCUUACAAUAGAUUUCAAUGAAUCACAUGUCACCGCAGUCGAAGAUCCGAACCAUUCUUCAGAGAAGUUGGGCUGAAAAUUUUGCACAGAAAUCAUAGUAGAACUCAUCACAAUGGAAAACAAAUGGUUUUAUUGUGCCCUUAAUCUUGUACUAUUUGUCACCACCUCCUCAUUCAUUUUUGCAGCGAAUGCAGUUAAACCUACCUACUGUGGUUCGAAGGAUACCUUUCCUGUAAAGGUUGACAACGUGGUUAUUAGUCCGAAUCCAGUCGUGAGUGGGAAGCCUGCAACAUUUGAGAUUUCUGCUAUUUCUGAGGAUGACAUUUCUGGUGGAAUACUGAGUAUUGAGGUUUUUUACUAUGGAAUGCACGUCCAUUCAGAGAGUCAUGAUCUUUGUUCCAAGACAUCAUGCCCUGUGAAGCAAGGAAGUUUCGUUCUCACAAAUUCCCAGAGUUUGCCAGGGUUCACUCCACCUGGUUCCUAUAAGCUUAAGAUGAAGAUGAUGGAUACUGAUAAUAAGUUGUUGACAUGCAUUGAUAUCAACUUCAACAUUGUUCACAGUAGCAUGAUUUCUGAAAUCUGAGAUCUUAAAACUUCAGGACUGCUAAGAACAAUAUGUUUGCCGAUUUCUGUGAUUUUUUGUUGGAAUUUUCAGAUUGUUUUGGAUCCUUCUAAAUUAUAGCCUAUUGAAUAGUUGUUUGAUUGACUUUUCUUUCUAUAUUUUAAAAUAUUUGCAAGUUGUACAUAAGAUAUCAAAAGUUUUCCAUUACUUACCGUGCUUUAAUCCUGCUGGAUAUUUGUGGAGAAUAUUUAAACAUGAUGUCAUACCUUUGUCUAUAUGUUACAGUUAUAUAGUCUCCAUGCAAUGAUGCUUGUGCUCACCGUCUAGAGCUUUUCUAAUUGAAACCAUUUGAUUUGCUCA